CUGUGUGGAAAACACACUGCGUCCUCCUGCGACUGCAAGCGCUGGCAGGACCUGGACUCGAAAGUGGUCCACAAGGGCGGCACUGUGGUCCUAGGAGGCAUGUUCCCCAUCCACUCCAAAGGGGUCGAAGUGGAGUACACCUUCAGGACAGCACCAGGCGCGAGCCACUGCAGGGGGUUCAACCUGAGGGUGUUCCGGUGGGCUCAGGCAAUGGUGUUCUUCAUCGAGAAAAUCAACAAGGACUCCUCUCUGCUCCCAGAUGUCACACUGGGCUACAGGCUCUAUGACACAUGUGGCACUGUGGGCAUGUCAGUGAGGACAGCCAUGUCGGUCCUUUCCCAGCCUCUGAAGGGAACAGAAGGUAGCUGUGGCUCUCUCAGCAUACCUCUCAUCAUCGGGGACUCAGGAUCCACCCUCUCCAUGGCCAUCUCCAGAACACUCAACCUCUUUAAAGUCCCGCUGGUCAGCUACUUUGCAUCCUGCGCCUGUCUCAGUGACAAGCACAACUUCCCAUACUUUUUCCGCACAAUCCCAAGUGACAUGAACCAGGCCGAUGCCCUUGCUCGUCUGGUCAGGCAUUUUGGCUGGUCGUGGGUGGGGACAGUUGGGGCAGACGACGAUUAUGGACGUACAGGUAUUGACAUGUUCACAGCCGCAGUGAGCAAGCUCGGUGUGUGCGUGGCCUACAGGGUGACCAUUCCAAAGUUGCCCACCAAGGACCGGCUUCGCGAGAUGGUGAAGACCAUUCGUGAGUCUACUGCCCAGGUCAUCGUGGCUUUCGCCAUCGAGGAGGACAUCCAGCCCCUCAUCCAGGAGAUUGUCCGUCAGAAUGUGACAGGGAAACAGUGGGUAGCCAGUGAGGCUUGGGUGACUUCCACCCUCAUCUCCACCCAGGAGAACUUUGUAUCCUUGGGCGGCACCAUCGGAUUUGGCAUCCGUCGGGCAGAAAUUCCCGAACUGAAGCACUUUCUCGAGAACAUCGACCCCCUGGCCACACCCUACAAUCCCUUUGCCAGAGAGUUCUGGGAAAUGCAGUUUGAGUGCUCCUUCAACACGACGGUGCCGCUCACUUCCACCGCCGAGCUCCCACGGUACGAACGCACCUGCACGGGAGCGGAGCGGAUCGGGGAGACAGACAGUAUCUACAAUGAUGUGUCACAGCUGAGGGUUACCUACAAUGUACACAAAGCUGUGUAUUCAGUGGCGCAUGCCUUACACCACCUCCUGGGCUGCCAGGUGGGCCCAGCAGGGGGACACUGUGGUGACCCACAGGCCCUUGAACCCUGGCAGCUGGUUCAGUACCUGAGGGAUGUGAACUACACCAACUCCUUUGGUGAUACAGUUUACUUUGAUAGAAAUGGUGAUCCUGUGGGCUCGUAUGACAUCAUCAACUGGCAGAGGGGGGCCUCUGGACCAGUGAAGUAUGUGACAGUGGGCCGAUUCGAUGCCACUCUGCCCUUCGACCAGCAGCUGGUGGUCAGCCAGGGCGACAUUGUGUGGCAUGGCGGCAAGAAAGAGGUGCCGGUGUCUGUGUGCUCCAUCAGCUGCCCCAAGGGCUCCAGAAAAGCCACCCGCAUGGGCCAGCCGGUGUGCUGCUACGACUGCGUUGCUUGCACAGAGGGAACUUUCAGCAAUGCCACAGACCAGGGAGAGUGCACCCCGUGCCCAGAGGACUUCUGGUCCAAUGUGAAACGGGACAGCUGUGUCAUCAAGGAGACAGAAUUCCUGUCAUACGCGGAUGCCUUCGGCCUGGCACUGGCUGGCACUGCCAUCCUGGGCACAGUGUGCACGGCUGGGGCAGCAAGCAUCUUCCUGCGCCACAGACACACUCCGCUGGUGCGCGCCAACAACUCGGAGCUGAGCUUCCUGCUGUUGCUGGCGCUGGCUCUAUGCUUCCUAUGCGCACUGGCCUUCGUGGGCCGGCCCUCGGUCUGGUCCUGCCGGCUGCGGCGCACCUCCUUCGGCCUGAGCUUUGCGCUCUGCCUCUCCUGCCUGCUCAGCAAGACAAUGGUGGUGCUCAUGGCGUUCCGCUCCACGAUGCCGGGAAACCAGACGGCCCGCUGGUUUGGCCCCGUGCAACAGCGGCUUGGCGUGUUCUUUUGCACCGCGCUACAGGGUGUGGUCUGUGCAGUGUGGCUCACAACAGCCCCACCAUACCCAGUUAAAAACACCUGGCUGUACCGCGACAGGAUCAUCCUGGAGUGCCACCUGGGCUCCGUUGUGCUCUUCUGCUGCGUCCUGGGCUACAUCGGUGGUCUGGCCGGAUUCUGCUUCCUCCUUGCCUUCCUGGCCAGGAAGCUUCCCGACAACUUCAACGAAGCCAAAUUCAUCACAUUCAGCAUGCUCAUAUUCUGUGCGGUGUGGAUCACCUUUAUCCCAGCAUAUGUCAGCUCACCGGGCAAGUUCACUGUAGCUGUUGAGAUAUUCGCCAUUUUAGCUUCCAGCUUUGGUGUUCUUCUGUGCAUCUUUGCUCCAAAAUGUUUCAUAAUCAUUUUCAUGCCUCAAAAGAAUUCUAAAAAACAACUCCUGUCCAAAAGAACAACAAAGUGA